AUGGCUUCAAAACAUUCGUACCCGGUCCACCAGUUGGACUCAUGUAAGCUUAUGCUUUCCGAUAACCCCUUGGACGACUACCAGCGAUCUUAUUUUGCGUCCCUAUCCAGAUGCGGCGCCAAUCAGGCCGAUCAGGCUGCAGAUUCCGUGACUGCAGCGGCUGCACAGCUGUUGAAGUCUGCUCAGGAAGACUUACAUAUCAUCAAGAGUCGGUAUCGCACCAGCGCCGUCCAGAGUUUCCACGACGUGCAGGGUGAUGUGGGCGCGCGCGCCCACGAACGCCUGCCCAAGAAACACAACGCGCUCGAGUGCUCGGAAUACCAGUUGCCAGACGUUCUACGAUCGCAGGGCCGCCAGGUUGCCGCGGCCACGACGUUUUCUGGUGCCGUCGCGGCCGCGUCGAGCGACGCCAACGGCGCCGCGCCCCGCAGAAACUCUGCGCCUCACGACGCACGGCUGUGCAGCUCGCUCGCGCUCGGUCCUGGAACGCUGCUAGACACCACGGCUGCGCGUGCCAGCCCCGACCACGACCUCAAUUGCCUCACCAAAAACCAGCAAUUCCGGCUCCGCAAGAUGCAGUACUCCGACCAGCGCCAGAACGCGCACUCACAGGUCAUCAACCCCAACAACUGCGUGCUGUGGGACCACCAGACGGGCUACGUCUUUUUCACCGGGAUAUGGAGGCUCUACCAGGACGUGAUGCACGGGCUCAUCGCGCUCGACCGCUCUGCGGACGCGUCCCCCACUGCAGACCCGCUUCCGGCCGCAGACCGCAAGGCGCACUGCCAGAAGGAGCUCGACUACGUGGUGGCCAGGUGUUUCUACGAAAAGGCGCUCGAUGUCACCAGCCCCGAGUGCAUAAACCGCCGCAAGCUCGCCGGCCGCAGAGGCUACCGCCAGCACUCGCAAUCCGGCGCGGCCGGAGCUGGCGCGGCCGGAUCCGCAGCCGCGUCCGCAGCCGGGGUCUCGGCCGCUGGGGGCUCCAGCGGCUCCAGCGGCCCCACCGUGCCCUCCGCCGUCCACUACUCCGACGUCCACUGGCACAAUCUGGACGCGGAGCUCAAGGCCCGGCUUUGUAAUAUCUACCGCCGCAAGCACCAGUUUUUCGAAGAGUUCGAGUUCCAAGACCUCAUGAAGCGCAUCAGAGGCGGCUACAUCAAGAUCCAGGGCACCUGGCUGCCCUACGAGGUGUCGCGCGAGUUGUGCUUGCGGUUUUGCUACCCGAUUCGCUAUUUCCUCGUUCCAAUUUUCGGACACGACUUCCCACAGGAUUGUGCCAAUUGGUACGAGCACUUCGUGGCGCUAUAUCAACGCAAGACGCUCGUCCAACCGUCGUCCACGGAUGCCUCCCAAAUGCUCUUUGCGGGAUCUAACCAACGCGCGGCCCCCGCUCCUCUUUUCUCCUCUUCACGCCCGGCCAAAAAGCCAAAAGUUGACGUCGAGCUUCUGGACGCUUCCAAAAACCUGCUGGAUAUUUCGCGACGUUUAAGCGUCCAAGAACCCAUCAUGCGCAGCCAUUUUUCCCAGGUGCCGAUGCCCCAAUUCACCCGCAACCGUUCUCAAUCGUGGGCUCCCGAAUACAGGGAGAGCGGCCACUCCAACGCCGAGAUGCUGCCCCCCAUCAAACCUUUGCUGGAGUCCCUUGAGUUUUCUCUGUACCCAUCCCCUCCAAACACCACUACUAGCUACAGUGAAAUGAGCUCCCCAAUCAAGGAUCAACGCAUGGGGCCCGUAUCUCCUCACACCUGUGUUGGAUCAAGUGCCCUUCCCAGAACCCCUCAAAUAUUCGGCGGGUCCGAGGAACCUCAUUUUAUCAUGGUACACUCACCUUCCUACGUCCAUGAAUCGAAACCUAAUCCGGCUCCAUUCUCCAAUAUCGCUUAUUUUUACAACAGCCAUGGGCAUAGAUACUCUUAUCCCGGUGGCAUGCAGGUCAUGUAUCACCCUUCGAUGAAGGCCAACGAAGAGCAGCAACAACACGAUUCCCGGCCGAGUGGUUACCAAGUAGGCGUUAACCCUUAA